AUGGCGCAAUACUUCUUUGACCUCCUCUACAACUUUACGGAUUGCAUGUGCUGCUUCCCCAGCUCACCGCAGCUGAAGAUUAAUAGCCGCAGCUUCAAACUGCUCCGGCUCUUGGGUGAGGGAGGCUUUUCCUACGUGUACCUCGUCCAAGACAAGUCCACAUCAGAAUUAUUCGCGCUCAAAAAGAUCCGAUGUCCAUUUGGCCAGGAAUCGGUGUCGCAAGCGUUGAAGGAGGUAGAAGCUUAUAAUCUUUUCGCAUCGGAAAGGAAUGUCAUCCAUUCGAUCGACCACUCCGUUUCAACAGAAUCAGGCUCGAAGUUUCGCAAUGAUGGCGGAGAGGCGGGUUCCAAGACAGUCUACAUUCUUCUACCUUACUACCAACGAGGGAACUUGCAGGAUGCAAUCAACGCAAACCUUGUCAAUCACACACAAUUUCCAGAGAAGCGCCUCAUGGUGCUCGUGCUGGGGGUUGCCCAGGCGCUACGCGCAAUGCACCAAUACCGCGUCAAGAGUGGCUCUGCGCCGACGCGCAAGGCCAAGGCCGUGAGAAGGGAGGGCGAAGAGGCCGAUACAGACACUGGAAUGCGGGUGGGGAAGGCAAAACGGCGCGCCAGUCAGCAUGGUGGUGAGGAGGACUCAGAAAACGAGCCGCUGAUGGACGACGAGGUCACUCAAAGCCAGGAAGGCGUUGAGGAUGGAGACCUACGUCCCUAUGCGCACCGAGAUAUUAAACCUGGCAAUAUCAUGAUAGAUGACGACGGACAAAACCCCAUCUUGAUGGACCUCGGAUCGCUCGCACCCAGUCCCAUCGCAAUUACAUCCCGUUCACUCGCAUUGGCAGUUCAAGAUACUGCUGCGGAACACAGUACAAUGCCAUACCGAGCACCGGAACUCUUCGAUGUCAAGACCGGAUCCAUCAUCGAUACAAAAGUGGACAUCUGGUCCUUGGGAUGCACACUUUACGCCUGUCUAGUUGGAAAGAGUCCGUUUGAAGCCCGGAGUGAAGAGACUGGCGGUAGCUUGAGCAUGUGUGUCUUAGGUGGUGACUGGAGGUUCCCCGACGAGAAGUCAACAGCAACGAAAGGCAAGGGCAAAGCCGGGGGGGAAUCUAAGCCAGAUAACUCUGCCUCCAUUAGCGCACCUAUCAAGGAUGUCGUGCGCCGGUGCCUACAGGUUGAGCCGGCCGAUCGUCCUGACAUUGACGAGCUGAUCCCACUACUUAAAAAUGUCAUCCGAGAGCUACCGGAUGACGAUGUAGUGGGCUGA